CGUUUCAGUUGGAGUUUUGCUGUCCAUCGGCGCGGUUGUGUCUUUCGCUGGAGCUCCUGCGCACCCAUCCCAAUACCGCAGUACUCUUUCUCUUUUGCUAACUGCAGCAAUUUGCAAUUUUAAUUAUCUGCAAGGCGGUUCGACCAGAAAAUAAAAGAAACAGGAAAAAAUGGGCCAAGCAAAGAAAGUCUCAUCCGCCCUGAGCAAACUCUUCGUGUACGGCGCCCUUAAGUACGGACAGCCUAGCAACUCCAUCCUGGCCAGCUCCGGCAAUGGAUACGCCAAAUUCUGGUGCAAGGCCACUACCACCCAAAAGCUGCCGCUGGUGAUCGCCACCCGCUACAACAUUCCAUUCCUGCUCAACAAGCCCGGAGUGGGCUAUUACGUAACCGGGGAGAUCUACGAGGUGGACGACCGCAUGCUCAAUUCCCUAGACAACCUGGAGGAUUGCGAGGAGAUCUACACGCGGGAAAUGCACGACAUGAACAUUGGAGUGGGCGAGGGAACCGUUCCCUGCUGGGUGUACCUGCUGCAGAAGUACCCGGAGAACCUGCUCAGCCUACGCUAUUUGUCCGGAUACGAGAACUCCACAACCCAUCCGUACAUCAUGCGCCACCGCCGCACCCACAAGCACCCGGCCCAGGACGAUCUCACCUACGAGGCCCAGAACUAAAAGCCUAAGCUGUGGCUCCCCGUUUCCUUAAAUGUUUGGAUGUGCUCUGGACAGCCCAGCCCGGCCACUAUUCUUAUGUUACCGUAGUUGCAUUUCUAGACCGUACCUGCAGAUGCAGCUGUACUGAUCCAUAUAUACGCGCAUAUAUUGGCAGUGAUAUAUGAACACUGAUAUGUACCAUACGCAUUAUUUAGGUUUUAGCGAGUGUAGUUUGUAAUUUCAUAGUUUUCGACAAACAAAGCCAAUAAACUGAAGCAAUUCAUAGUAA